UCCCGGUCCCCCCACCUCCCUUGGACUUACGGGUGUGUACGAGGCACACUGGCUCCUUCACUUGCAGGCUUCUGCUUUUCUCUCCCCUUUUGGGUUCUGGUUCCGAAUUCAUCCAGGGUCCAGGAUGACUAUCCGACACCAAGGCCAGCAGUACAGGCCGAGGAUGGCCUUUCUCCAGAAGAUUGAGGCGUUAGUGAAGGACAUGCAGCACCCAGAGACGGGGGUCAGAGUGCAGAACCAGAAGAUGCUGGUCACCAGCAUCCCUCAUGCCAUGACAGGAAGUGAUGUCCUACAGUGGCUGGUCCAGCGCCUUUGGGUCUCCAGUCUGGAGGCGCAGAACUUGGGCAACUUUAUUGUCAAGUACGGCUACAUUUACCCCCUGCAGGACCCCAAGAAUCUCGUCCUCAAGCCCGACGGCAGCCUCUACCGAUUUCAGACGCCGUAUUUCUGGCCGACCCAGCUGUGGCCAGCCGAAGACACGGACUAUGCCAUCUAUCUGACCAAGCGAAAUAUCAAGAAGAAAGGGGUUUUAGAAGAACAUGAAAAGGAAAAUUACAAUUUCUUGAACAAAAAAAUCAACUACAAGUGGGACUUCGUCAUUAUGCAGGCCAAAGAGCAGUACAGGACCGGAAAGGAGAGGGAUAAAGCAGACAGGUACGCACUGGACUGCCAGGAGAAGGCCUACUGGCUGGUCCACCGAUGCCCGCCAGGAAUGAACAACGUAUUGGACUACGGCCUGGACCGGGUGACCAAUCCGAAUGAAGUUCAGAAACAAACAAUCACUGCUGUCAAAAAAGAGAUCAUGUAUUACCAGCAGGCCUUAAUGAGGUCCACGGUGAAGUCCUCUGUGUCCCUUGGAGGGAUCGUCAAAUACAGUGAGCAGUUUUCGUCCAAUGACGCCAUCAUGUCCGGCUGCCUCCCUAGUAAUCCCUGGAUAACAGAUGACACCCAGUUCUGGGAUUUAAAUGCUAAAUUGGUGGAAAUCCCAACCAAGAUGCGCGUGGAGCGGUGGGCCAUCAACUUCAGUGAAUUGAUUCGAGACCCCAAGGGGCGCCAGAGCUUCCAGUACUUUCUCAAGAAAGAAUUCAGUGGAGAGAACCUGGGAUUCUGGGAAGCCUGCGAGGAUCUGAAGUAUGGAGAUCAGUCCAAGGUCAAGGAGAAAGCGGAGGAGAUUUACAAGCUAUUCCUGGCCCCAGGGGCGAGGCGGUGGAUCAACAUAGAUGGCAAAACCAUGGACAUCACGGUCAAGGGGCUGAGGCACCCCCACCGCUACGUGCUGGAUGCUGCGCAGACCCACAUCUACAUGCUCAUGAAGAAGGAUUCUUAUGCUCGCUAUCUGAAGUCCCCGAUCUACAAGGAGAUGCUGGCCAAAGCCAUCGAGCCUCAGGAAACCACCAAGAGAAGCUCCAGCCUGCCCUUUAUGCGGCGUCACCUGCGCUCCAGCCCGAGCCCCGUCAUCCUGAGGCAGCUGGAGGAGGAAGCCAAGGCUCGAGAAGCAGCCAACACAGUGGACAUCACGCAGGUCAUGAGCAAGCUGGACCGUAGGAGCCAACUCAAAAGGGAGCUGCCUCCUAAAUAAAUCUGUCAUCCCUGGGGGUGGCGGGCAUGCGCUUGGGAGAGGCUAACAAAGGCAGGGGCAGAGUCUAGAAGAGUCCAUUCCCCAUCAGUGGGGCGGUGGGGUGAACAGGUUCAUCCCCUGUUCCUCCGACCUCCUUCUUGGUGGGCUUCCCCAUACCUGGGCAAUGCAAGCUGGUUCUCUGGCUCCAACAACCAAGGGGCCGGUGGGCAGUGGUGGAGGAGGGCGCUUGACUCGGUUCCUGUGUGACCACCCAUCUUCCCAUAGGGGGCGCUCAUAGCGAGAACCAUGGAGAACAGGCUGAUCUGUGUUCCACCGUUUGCUUUGGGAAGCUAAAGAGAAGGCGUCCCCGCACCCCCAGCCCCCAGCACAGUUGUUUCAGAGAGUCUAGCGAAGCUCCCCAUCCCAUCCUCACCACUCCGAUCUCGACUUUGCUUCUAAAGCAGUUGGAGAUCCCCCCAGGGGACUGGUAGGGUCUCCCUGCAGGUGCGUGCCCCUGGGCGCCUGAGUUACACCUGCCUGCAAAGGCCCUGCUAACACCUGUCUGCCGAGUUUGUUCUUAGUCACAAUUACUGAGGGUGGGUGGGUUCUCACCUCCCCGUUUAUCUCCACCCCCUUAUACGUGGUGGGGAGUUGUAGCUGGUGGGGAUGAAGGACAGAGGCUUGCAGCCUCCAGACAGUCCAGGUGAAAUGAGCUUCAGAGAAGCAUCUUUUUGGAUAAAGAAUGAAGGGGCUGAGGUCCUCAUUCAUUGGCGGAGAGAGAUAGAUACCAUCAUCGUCGUCGUCUUCGUCAUCACCGUCGUCAGCGUGUGCUUUCUCACGUCAGUCAGUGCUGUCCAGUCCGGGACUUGUCAUUCUUUAUUAGGCAGGGCACUUGCUGAGGGCAAACCAUCUUACCUCUGUCCUUCCUCAAAGUCGUGCAGUGUAGCCCUCCCAGCGCUCCAGGGACCAGUAGGGUACAGUUCGGGGAGGAGCUUAGGGGGUUGAUGUCCUCUGUCCGCAGCUCUUGUGAGAGGGCCGACGGGCCGUAUGUAGAGACUGGUCAGUCUUUGGCUCCCGAGUUUCACGGCGGAAGUAAAGCCCUGUUGCGCUGGGCUGUGACAGAUGACAUGGGUCUUUCUGCAUGGGACCAAGCUUUCUCAUUUGCUUUUGGGGACAGUGAGGAGGGUGAGUGAGCAGGGACUGGCGGGGGACCACGCACACUGCAUGCUGAACCUGCCUGCUCCCAGGACACAGGAGGCCAGGCGGCCACGGGGCCCAUGUGAGUUGCCGAUCAGUUCCUGGGUGGAAAGGGAAUCACUUCACUUGGCACCAUCUGCUUUGCCUUUCGUUGAGAUCCUGUGAUUGUGUCCUCAUGACAACACACCUGCUCCAUUUCGUGCUCGGUCCCCCACUUCUCCUGGUUCCCUUGCGUAAUAAAACAGCGGCACAAAACCA